UCUCUCAAGAAUCCUCUUCAAUAUUUUUCUAUGCCCUUGUUUCUUGUAACCUUCCUUUUUCCUUUAUCCCAUGUUCCUUCCACGAAAUCACCUUUCUUUACUAUAAUAAUUCCCCAUUGUCGUACCAUUAUAUAAACCCCUAUAUAGUUAAUUAUUUCCCAUACUCAUCAUCAACCAUAUCUUGUUAAACAUAAGCACAUGCUACUUUCCUUUUUCUUCCAUGGAUGUGCAUGGAGCUCGCCACAUGAAACCCCACAAGAAGCAUUCAAAGAGAAGCAACUCUAAGAAAGAUAUCAAAGUGGUUUACAUUUCAAGUCCCAUGAAGGUCAAGACAUGUGCCUCGCAGUUCCGGGCUUUGGUGCAAGAACUCACCGGGAAAGACUCCGACGUUGCCGUCCAGUUCAUGGACAACUACGGCAGCUCUGAAAAUUCUCCGACCAAUUCGGACGGGAUGACAACGACGGGGAGGGUUGUUGAUGAUGACCGUGUGGUUAGGGGUUUGCCCUUGGGGAAUUCCAACCAUGAAUUGUCUGUGUUUGAGCCGUUUGAUGAUGGACUUAUCAUGGAAGGGAGUUUCUUGGGGAUGUUUACAUCAAGUUUGCUUCAUGAUCCUUCCCAGGUUGAGGCUGUUAGAAGCUUUGAUUCAAUUUAAUUAAUUUAAAAAUAUGUAAUUAUAUAGUCAUAGUCUGUAGCUAGUUAAUUAUUAUAUAUAAUAUAUAUGUAUUUAUCGGAAAUAA